UGUAUCAGAGCAGUAAGAACAUGUCUCCCGUUUAACCGCUUCUGGACUUUUGAUGGGGAAUUCCGCAUCUCUUGGGAAACAUGCCUGUUAUGAAAGGAUUACUAGCUCCUCAGAACACCUUUUUGGACACCAUAGCAACACGUUUUGACGGCACACACAGUAACUUCAUUCUUGCAAAUGCUCAGGUGUCAAAGGGAUUUCCAAUAGUUUAUUGCUCUGAUGGAUUCUGUGAAUUGGCUGGAUUUGCACGGACUGAAGUUAUGCAGAAGAGUUGUAGCUGUAAGUUUUUGUAUGGCACGGAGACAAAUGAACAGAUAAUCCUUCUCAUUGACAAGACCUUAGAGGAAAAAAAGGAAUUCAAGGGGGAGAUCAUGUUUUAUAAAAAGAAUGGUGCUUCAUUCUGGUGCCUAUUGGACAUCGUUCCAAUUAAAAAUGAAAAGGGGGAUGUGGUCCUUUUUCUGGCUUCUUUUAAAGAUAUUUCAGACACCAAAGUGAAGAUUGCCUUGGAUGAUAAGAAGGAAGACAAACAUAAAGGGAGAGUAAAAACAGGAUCACAUUUCAGUUCUGCAAGAAUACGAAGCCGUACUGUGCUGUAUCAAAUCUCUGGUCAUCUACAAAGAAGGGAGAAGAACAAAAUUAAAAUCAACAAAAAUGUAUUUGGAGACCCACCUGCCCUCCCAGAGUACAAAGUUGCAGAUGCAAAAAAGUCUAAAUUCAUUUUAUUACACUAUAGCACCUUUAAAGCUGGCUGGGACUGGCUUAUUUUACUUGCAACGUUUUAUGUUGCUGUGACGGUACCAUAUAAUGUCUGCUUUAUUGGAGAUGACGAUUUAACACGAAGUACAACUGUAAGUGACAUUGCAGUAGAAAUCCUUUUUAUUAUAGAUAUAAUUUUUAAUUUCCGAACAACAUAUGUCAGCAAGUCUGGCCAGGUCAUAUUUGAAGCAAGAUUAAUCUGCAUCCACUAUGUUACAACAUGGUUCAUCAUUGAUCUUAUUGCUGCAUUGCCGUUUGAUCUCCUGUAUGCAUUUAAUGUAACUGUGGUUUCACUAGUUCACCUUUUGAAAACUGUUCGGCUGUUAAGACUUUUACGGUUGCUGCAGAAAUUGGAUCGUUAUUCUCAGCACAGUACUGUAGUCCUUACACUGCUUAUGUCAAUGUUUGCCUUAGUGGCCCACUGGAUGGCAUGCCUCUGGUACGUCAUUGGAAGAAUGGAGAUGGAUGCUAAUAAUCCAUUUACGUGGGAUAUUGGUUGGCUUCAUGAGCUUGGAAAAAGAUUGGAAUCCCCAUAUUUUAAUAAUAAUACUCGUGGAGGUCCUACCAUUCGAAGUGCCUACAUCGCCUCAUUAUACUUCACUCUAAGCAGCCUUACCAGUGUUGGGUUUGGGAACGUCUCUGCUAAUACUGAUGCUGAAAAGAUAUUUUCAAUCUGCACAAUGCUAAUUGGGGCAUUGAUGCACGCAUUGGUGUUUGGCAACGUGACUGCUAUAAUACAACGUAUGUACUCCAGAUGGUCUCUCUAUCACACAAGAACAAAGGAUCUUAAGGACUUCAUACGCGUGCAUCCCCUGCCACAGCAGUUAAAACAAAGAAUGUUGGAAUAUUUCCAAACAACCUGGUCUGUCAAUAAUGGAAUAGAUGCUAAUGAGCUGUUAAAGGAUUUUCCAGAUGAAUUACGCUCAGACAUUACUAUGCACUUGAAUAAGGAGAUUCUCCAGCUUUCUGUGUUUGAAUCUGCCAGUCGUGGCUGCCUUAGGUCUCUCUCUCUACACAUCAAAACCUCUUUUUGUGCUCCUGGAGAGUACCUUUUAAGGCAGGGAGAUGCAUUGCAGGCUAUUUUCUUUGUCUGCUCAGGUUCAAUGGAGAUUCUCAAAGAUGACAUGGUGCUGGCCAUUCUUGGAAAAGGUGAUCUAAUAGGAGCCAACCUUUCAAUUAGUGACAGAGUCAUUAAAACCAAUGCAGAUGUUAAAGCUUUGACCUACUGUGACCUUCAGUGUAUUAACCUCAAAGGACUUUAUGAGGUGCUGGACCUGUAUCCAGAAUAUGCUCACAAGUUUGUAGAAGAUUUCCAGCAGGACCUCACAUAUAACCUUCGAGAAGGACAUGAAACUGAUGGCAUCUCACGGUUAACAAACAAAGCAUCUCUGUUACAGCCAGGUGUUAGAGGAAAUGGUUGCAUAAAUCAGCAACAUCCAUCUAUUGUAGAAUAUGAAGUUGAGGAUGAUGAAGAGGAUGAAACAACUCCACUGUCUCCUGCAUCAACAGGUCACAAAUUGCUGCAUAAAACUGAAAGCAAUAUUAAGCAUUUCUCUUCUGGAAGGACAUCUUACAGAUCCCCCGCUAAAGUUUUUACAUCCAAAUCUGAGUCAAUGUCAAGAAAUGAAAGAAAUCAACGUAGUAACACAAGAAAACAAGAAAGAAACCUAAAAAUACAACUCUCAACAGUGAAUAACAUUGGCCCUCCUGAUCUCAGUCCAAGGUUUGUUGAUGGCACUGAAGAUAGUGAUGGCACCGAAGGAAGCCAAACUUUUGAAUUUUGCCCAAGCCAAAUAAAAGAUUCUAUAGGUGGAACACCUGGAAAAGAUGUUAAUCAAAUCAGUUCAGCCUUUAUGGCGGCAAAGGCAGAAGAAACCAAGCAACAAAUCACCUUAUUAAACCAAGAAGUCAGUACACUGAGCCAAGAAGUAGCACAAUUAACCACAGGAAUGAGAAAUAUGAUGUUUCUUCUUGAAGAACUAUUAUCAGUGCAAAAAGCACCUAUAUUAUGCCACGCUCAUGGUCCAUCAUUGGAAGGUCUGCAAGCAAGGAUUAACUGGACUCCACCACGUCCUUGUAUGCAUUCUCAAGUGUUAAAAAGCGCACCUACCACAGAAAUGUUUUCUCAAGGACAUGCUGUGCCAGCAGGAAUGGAAGCAGAUCCAUCAAAUAGUAUGAGUAGUCCAAUGAGGGUUGGAAGAAGUGUUCACAGACCAAUGGAUAAUGACCUUUAUUAUUUAUCAUCAUUGCCUGAUUGCCUUCCUUGUCACUUUCCAGUAGGAACUCAAGGGGAUCAUUUACAUUUUUCAAAAUGCUAUUCUCCAAAAUCUGACUCCACAUUGGCACCUUGUCAAUCUUUCCCUACCACUCUUUCACCAUCAGUGUGCUCUUCCCCUGAAAUAUCAUCACGGUUGCAUCCUAAUAGUCUGGACAACUAUACAGGACCUAAUCCAAGUACAAAAAGCUGCUCAAGUCUUGAAAAUUCGUCUAAUUCUUGGGAUCCUGAAGUGGCAAUGUCUCUACAACACCCAAUAAGUUUGCCAUUAGAAAUUGUGACAACUUCAGUAGAUUUCCAGGACGACAAAGCCAUAAAUGUAUAAUGAGAGAAUGAUAAAUGACACUUGACGCAUGCCCUGCAGCUGCCCGACUUACUGCAUGACUGCUUUAUUCUAAAGCCUUUCUCUAAUACGUAACAGUUGAAACAGCGGGAAACGUCACUUUCAGGCAAUCGAUCAAAACUGAUAAAAAGUCAGAAUGCUGGUUUUAAAAGCAUGUUAAAAGAACCUUACUGUAGCUUUAAGUUUUAUAGACAUUUUCAGCACAGAUUGUAGCAAUAUUGGUCUGGUGGACACCAUUUCUAUAGCUGUUUAAAGGCCAUGUGGUUCAGAGCAGCAGGCUGUCUUAGACAAGGUAACACAAGUUCACUAUUUUUGCUGAAGGUUAUUAUUAUCUGCUCUUUUUAGAUUGUUCCCCAAGAAUAUCUGUAGCUCUGUUUGCUGCAGGUUAUCAGAGCUCCUGCUGACCUGUUUGUCAGUUCUACUGCAGCAAGGGGACAAUUAGCACUGCAUGCCACCUUCUAGACAAUCAACCAGGUAGACCCAGUAGGCAAGUAUUAGACAUUGCAUGUUGCUCUCAUGUAAAUCAAACUCUUCAUUUAUUUAUUAAAGAAAAUUGCUAUUUUUGUAAACUUGGUAUGGAAACUGUAUUUAAAUUAUUGAAAAUAUUUAUAAGGUAUGACUCUUUUUAGAAAAUGCUUGCCAUUUUGAAGCAUCUCAAUAUAUAUUAUUACCUAAGACUGUUAGAAGUUGUCAUUUAAAUCUAAGAAUUCUGCAUGUGUAAGAUCUAUAUUGAUCAAAUAUUAAAAUAAAUCAUAAGGCACUAUUCUAUGAAAAAGUUUAAAGUAUAAAAUGGAAUGACUGCAAUGAAUGUACUUCUUACCAUUUUACAUCUGGUAGGUUUUGAAAAGCAAAAUCCUGUUAAACAGAAAAAGAAAUUUUAUUUUUUACCUUCCACACAAUUACAGUACUAUAUCCAAUAUUAAAUGUAUUGAUUAAUUUACAAAUGAAUCUGAUUCCCCCAAUAAUGGAAUAAAAUGCUAACAGAUGAUGGCAUAAAUUGUCUUUAUUUAUAUGUUACACUCUAACCAAUGCACAAACCCUAU